AUGUCCUCUCCCCAGCAACGUCUCAGCCAGGUGGCUUCUCACUUCGGUCCCGGAGGCAAGAAAGGCGCCGCAGCCCUCACGGAGAAGCACCCCGAUGAUAUUGUUGUGACAUGUGCUCUGCGGACGGCCCUCACCAAGGGUGGAAAGGGCGGCUUCAAGGAUACCGCCGCCGCCGACCUGCUGGCAGGUGUGUUCAGGGCGGUGAUCGACCGGAGCAACAUCGACCCCAGCGUUGUUGAAGACAUCGCUGUCGGAUCGGUUCUGCCCCCUGGUGGCGGUGCCACUGAGUUCCGUGCGGCAGCGCUCGUCGCUGGGUUCCCCGAGACCGCGGCUGUGAAGAGCUUGAACCGUCAGUGCUCCAGUGGGCUUCAGGCCAUUGUUGACAUUGCCAACGCUAUCCGAUCCGGUAUGAUUGAGGUUGGUAUUGGUGCCGGUGUUGAGAGCAUGUCUUCCCAAUAUGGCCCCGGCGCCGUGACCGAAUUCUCCGAGCUCCUGGAGAGCCACCCGGAGUCCGCCAACUGCAAGGUCCCAAUGGGUGUCUUGUCGGAGCAGAUGGCCAAGGACCGGAAGAUCACGCGUGCGGCGCAGGACGCCUUUGCUGCCUCCUCCUACCAGAAGGCGGUCAAGGCGCAGCAGGCCGGGCUCUUCAACGAGGAGAUUGUCCCGCUGCAGGUGAAGUGGACCGACCCCAAGACCAACGAGGAGAAGACCAUCACCGUCAAGGCCGACGACGGGAUUCGCGACGGCAUCACCGCCGAAUCGCUGGGCAAGAUCCGGCCCGCCUUCGCCAAGGACGGCUCCAUCCACGCCGGCAACGCCUCGCAGAUCUCCGACGGCGCCGCCGCCGUGCUGCUGAUGAAGCGGUCCACUGCCGAGCGUCUCGGCCAGAAGAUCAUCGGCAAGUACGUCACCGGCAGCGUCGUGGGUGUGAAGCCCCUGCUCAUGGGCAUCGGCCCGUGGAAGGCGAUCCCCGUGGCGCUUGAGAAGGCAGGCAUCACCAAAGAUGAUGUCGACAUUUACGAGAUCAAUGAGGCCUUCGCUUCGCAGUGCGUCUGGUGCGUCAACGAGCUGGGCCUGCCGCAGGAGAAGAUCAACCCCAAGGGUGGCGCUAUCGCGUUCGGGCACCCGCUCGGCUGCACUGGAUCCCGGCAGGUCAGCACGCUUCUGACGGAGCUGAAGCGGACCAACAAGAAGAUCGGUGUCACCAGCAUGUGUGUUGGUACGGGCAUGGGUAUGGCCGCCGUGUGGGUAGCGGAGUAA